CUUGUGCUUGGAACUAUUCACGCCCCACAUGAACCACGUGAUCACAGGCGGAGAGAAUGGAGAAUGUCGUAACUCUCUUUGUACGGCUCUGGUGGGUAGUCCGUCAUAAUUCGUGCAGUCUUGUGACGUAACUGGGCUUCAAAUGCAGAACACAACGUUGAAGGCGGUUUGGUAGUGUACGCUAUCGUGGUUUGGGGCCUGUAGAGGUGGCAUUUUGCUGGACAACCUUUUGUUCGUUUCGCAUGGAACCUGGGCCACCUGUCUGUGUCUAACCAAAGCGCAUAAUACCGUGAAGGUUGACCGUCUUUUGAGAACUGACGACCAGAUUGGAUUAAAACCUGUAUCUGUGCCAAGAUGUCAAAAAGGCCGUCUUAUGCUCCGCCCCCUCCCCCUGCACCUACCACUCAAAUGCCCAAUACUGCAGGGUUUGUGGGGUACAAUCCCUACAGCCAUCUGGCCUACAACAACUACAGACUGGGAGGGAGCCAAAGCAGCAACAGUCGGGUAACGAAUUCCUCUGGAAUAAAUAUACCAAAGCCACCCAAGCCCCCUGAUAAGCCAUUGAUGCCAUACAUGAGAUAUAGUCGUAAGGUUUGGGAUCAAGUAAAAGCCUCCAAUCCCGAUCUGAAGCUAUGGGAAAUUGGGAAGAUAAUCGGUGGCAUGUGGAGGGACCUCACUGAUGAGGAGAAACAGGAUUAUUUGAAUGACUACGAAGCAGAGAAGAUUGAAUAUAAUGAAAACAUGAAGGCCUAUCACAACUCGCCAGCUUACCUGGCCUAUGUCAAUGCAAAAAGCCGCGCAGAGGCAGCGCUAGAAGAGGAGAGCCGUCAGCGGCAGUCUAGACUGGACAAGGGCGAGCCAUACAUGAGCAUUCAACCAGCUGAGGAUCCAGAUGAUUGUGAUGAUGGAUUUUCAGUCAAGCACUCUGCAGCAGCCCGUUUCCAACGCAACCAUCGUCUAAUCAGCGAGAUUCUAAGUGAGAGUGUCGUGCCUGAUGUUCGGUCUGUUGUCACAACUGCCCGAAUGCAAGUCCUUAAACGUCAAGUGCAGUCUUUGAUGGUGCACCAGAGAAAGUUGGAAGCAGAGUUGCUUCAAAUUGAAGACCGCCACCAGGAUAAGAAAAGAAAAUUCAUUGAAGCUACAGAUUCGUUCACAAAUGAGCUCAAAAGACUCUGCUGUAUGAAAGUGGAAGUGGACAUGGAUAAGAUUUCUGCCGAGAUCUCUGCAGCGGAAGAGGCAGCCCGCAAACGGAUGGCUGAACGGGAGAAAGAAGCAAAAGAGGCUUCUACGUGUGGCUCUGCAUCAGAAGAAGAAAAGCAAGGCAAGUCGCAACAAAAUCCUCUUAGCGACGCUACCAAUAAGGGAGGGGAAAAUGCCGAUUCCAUCAGCAAAGAUCCUUCAGGAAAGCAGAAGGCUGCAGAGGAACUCCACGAACAGCCAGGGAGCGAAGAAGGGGCCUCUGAGGACAAGGAGAGCGUCUUAGAGGGAGCCAUGGAGGAGGGAACCAGUGAUAGCAACACGGGUUCAGAAACCACUUCCGCUCAAACAGAAGAGGCUCUGACUAGUGAGCCGUCAGAUGGUUCCAGCAGAGCAAGAUCAGCCCACUGAGUCACACACACACCUGUGUCUGAACAAUCACUGUUGUUUCAUCUGCUGGACGGACACUCGUGAGGUUUAUCGCGUCCUCUCAAUUCCUCAAAGAAAUCAUAAGAGAAAUCAGAAUAGCCUUUUUUUUUUUUUUUUUUUUUAAAUAAAAAGCAGUGUAACACAA